AUGAGCUCGUCUCAAGGGUGCUCACCCCGAGAUCCCAGAUGGCGCGACUCGCAGCUCAAGGAGCAAUUGAAUACUGCAAGAACGCUGCGCAAGGCCGUGGAGCAACAAUUCCAGGCGAAGCCGAAGCCAGCCACCAAAGACUGGGCUGGUACUGGAGUCGCCCAGAAGUUGCAGAAGAGGGUCCUUGCCUCAGAGCACCUCGCUCGUUUGCUGAUGCAGCGUGUGGAAGGAACGGAGCUGCUGAUUCGAAGAGUGAACCAGUCCUUAUUCCUGCUCACCCGAGAGCAGGAGUCGUUGAGAGUUCCCACGGAGAUCUGUGACAGGAGGCUGCUUCUUCGGAGCCAGCGGCCGGAAGAGGAGAACGUUGAGGAUGACUUCCAGCUGGCCUUGGAGCGGGAAGAGCGCGUUCUCUCAUCCAGCAGCAGACACCUCGGUAGUUACAUUGAUGCCGGCGAGAAGUUGCAAGACGCUCUGAUGGCCGCGAAAGAAGAACUGGUUGCAGACAUGCAGUUCAAGAAGCAUGCAUUGCGCUUGGAGAAAUCGGCACUGCAGUUCGACCCCUAUCACGGACGUGAUCGGGCCUGUGUGCUGCCAAUGGUGGCCGAAAAGGCAAGGGCUGGGAAACUACAGUCUACACCAAGCGAUCCUCGUUCAGCAGCACGGGCCGGGAAGCCGAUGGAGACACAGGAUUGUCAAGAAGCCAGCAAUUCCCCUGAAGCGACUGCCGAGUUUGCCGUCAACGGUGCUGCGACGGGCAAAGGCAAGAGCAAAGGCCCGCCUUUGCCAACGUUUACGAGGAAACCAGAGGUCGCGAAGCAACAGGAGCCCAAAGCAAUCUCAGUGGACUUGGCACCACCCUUCCAGUUGGAACGCCCGCCAAACUCGGAGAAGGGCGGGGUGAUCAAGUUCACAACCAGCAGCGGGUCUCAGCUACCUCUCCUGGUCCGUCAACUUACUGACAGCGGACGAGGGGAGAAGGGGGUCCGUGUCGAUCAAGCCGUGCGGUAUUUGGGACGCCUUCGCGCCUUGCGGUUCGAGUGUGACAACUACAAUGCCGCCACUCGUGCAGCAGACGCGCAGCGCUUCUUGGAAUUCUGCUCCUCUUGUGGCGUUCAAGCUGGAGAACGCCCAGUCCAUUUGCCUGGUUUGGAUGAGCUGAUUCAAACCGUGGAAGGCGAGAUCGAGGAUUUGGAGAGUCUGAGGGAAGAGAUCGACUCGGGUCAUGUGCAAUUCACCGCCCUGGCUGAGGUCUUCACCCCGGGAAAGAAGGUCUUCAUGCAAGUGGAGGGUUUGAGCGAACCCGUUGGCAUGACGGUAUUGCAGAGCUGGUACCAACAGCAGCAAACUCUCUUUGGACCGGAGAAGUCUUUCCACAUGGAGCUAGAAUUCUUGGCAUACUUAGGAUCCAGCUUCGCACUCGUCAACUUUCAAGAGGUCAUGUCUGCAUACAAGGGCGUCCGAAGGUUGGAUUCGUUGUUCUAUAUAGCAACGACUUCACAGAUGAUGGAGAAGCUGCAUCAGCGUGGAAAGAAGUACAGAGAUGCAGCAAUGAGCUCACCCUAUGUGCAGUAUUCGCGCGGCUCCUUCUUCGCGCAUGGGCGCGCGAAGCACGCCACCCUCUCAGCGGGCCGUGUCAUGCUGGACACGCAGCGUGGCCACGAGUAUGGGCAUCAUGCUGCUCGUGGUGGAGACAACUGCUCUUUGGCUCUCCAGCAAGCGCUGCGAACCUUCAAGCUGCAGCAGAAGCACGGCACUGAAACCCUGCGCCUGGUUCAGGAUCCUCAGGAUUCCGAGCUUUGGAUGGCCUGGCCAGCCAUGGUGGGGUUUUCCUUCACCGCAAAGUGCUGGGGCCAGGUGUUGGUGGCAGAUACCUCCCCAAUUCAAUUCCGGGCAGAUGCGUUCCAGCAGCUUGUUCUACCUGACGACACGAAGGAAAUCAUCCGGUCUGCCGUGCGGCAUGCCGGCACAAGCGGCCUGGACUUCAUUGAGGGCAAGGCUUGCGUGCAGUGCAGUUCACUCUUCAUCCGGCCGUUUUCAUAA